AAGUGUUUUCCUUGUCGUCAUUGGACUUCCGCUCCGCCGCUCAAAGCUGCCGCCGCUGCUGCUGCUGCGGGCUCGGACACUUCCUGCAGCUCUCCGGCCUGAAUGACGGUGGCGUCGUGUGAGAGACAAUGAGGAACACAGAUUUGUGGGAGGGAACGUGAGGCGGCUUCGAGGCAUUAUGAUCAUAUAAACAAAGGACCUAACUGAAGCUGCCUCAUUUGUUGGUGUUUUUUUGUUUGUCUUGUCACCCUUCCAUCUGACCUCAUUUACACCCUUCUGGAAUUAUGCAGGAGUUGUCUGGAUAAAAUUCUGUUGUGUCACACUACUGCUUAGAGUCUUACAUUUGUCUAGUAUUAAAGGAAGCAAAGGUCUCAAAUUUUGUGGCAUAAUUUCCGUUUCAGCCAGUACUUAUCACAGCAUAUUCCACAGAAAUGUUAAUUGCAUAUUAAUGCUUAUAUUACUGUGUUAUUUGGAGUUAAAUUUUUAGUGCAGCUGGGCUUGUGAUUCAAUUUAUUUAAAGUUUUUGUUAAGUAGCAGCUUUAAGCCUUCCAUUGAUUUCAUAAUAGUUUUGUUUGCAAACUGUUUUGCAAUUUUUUUGUUUUGCCUGUUUUUAAAACUAAUUCUUAACAUUUAUUUAAUGACUAGUCUUAUCGAGGAUAAGGUUGUCGAUGUCUGUCCACUUUUCAACUGACAGUAAUCUGUUGGAUGUGAAAAGCACAAUGGGAGCUUUUUACAUGCAACACAAAGACUGAUUUCCAUCUUCACUGGAAUAAUAUUCUAAAGCACUUUUAAACUGGAAGGUUUUUUUUUUUUUUGUUUUUUUUUAAAUACUUGAUUCUGAAAUGGCCAGAUGAAAACUUGAACCGAAGUUAUUUUUUUGACUAUCUCUUGGUUUGAAGCACUGAAGAGGAAGGAUGACUUUUGAAGCUGUUUCAAUGAUGUUAUCAGAGUGAGGUACCUAUGUUUUCAUUUUAAUUGCAAAUCUUUAAGAGCUGCCAAAAUCCACCGUUAAAACCUCAAAACUGUCAAAUGCUCAGCGACACCAAGCUGGACAAAAUUUUUUUGCAAUAGACUUUUUUCACCUCUUCAUACUGCUAAGCUGUUUGCACUUGGGUGGUGAGCAUGCGAUCUCCAGAACAUCCUUUACCUUCCCCAGCAGAAGCCCUUCUUCAUGGUCAGUUUGCCAGCUGGGGAUCCGGCGUUAACAACAACAACAACAGCUGCCCUAACAGCCCUGGUAGUCCAGGCGGAAUCUCCCCCACCAUCUCACCUACUUCAUCUUCAGCCUCCAACUAUGCCUUGACGCUGACCCACAGCCACAUUCAUAUUCAACGCCUGUCACCUCGGCCAGGGAAGGAAUCUCGUAUCCUGCUGCCCUUAUCAGAGCUUGUUGGAUGCAGUUGCCCCCGAGCCCCUGCUCCCCCUUUGUUGGUGCUUUACUGGUACCCACCGGGCAAAAGAAGGAAAGGGGUGUCUCGUCGCAGGCAGGUGAGGGCCUAUCUGGCGGAAACCAGGACUGAAGCUGAGAGGUGGUCAGCUGCUGUACAGUGUCUUCUCAGAGAUGUGACCGUCACUGCUGACACAGAAUUUUCAAGAAGUCUGCUCCCUCGACCCAGGCGAUUGUUGUUAUUGGUCAAUCCUUUCAGUGGGAGAGGUCAGGCAAUGCAGUGGUGUCAGACCCACAUCCUGCCCAUGAUCAGAGAGGCUAACAUCAGCUACAACCUCAUACAGACCGAGCGUCAGAACCAUGCCAGGGAGCUUAUCAGAGAGAUAUCACUCCCAGAGUGGGACGGCAUUGUUAUAGUUUCUGGAGAUGGCCUGAUGCAUGAGGUAAUUAAUGGGCUGAUGGAACGUCCUGACUGGGAACAAGCUAUAAAAACUCCUGUUGGUAUUCUGCCCUGUGGCUCUGGAAAUGCACUAGCUGGUUCCAUCAACCACUACGCAGGGUAUGACAUGUGCCUUCGGGAGCCCCUCCUUUUGAACUGCUGCUUUUUGCUCUGUCGAGGUGGUAUUCGCCCCAUGGAUUUGGUGUCUGUGACAACAAGUCCUGCUCGCACCAACAACGGCUGUCCUUCAGUGCCCAGGAGACUUUUCUCUUUCCUUUCUGUUGCAUGGGGCUUUGUGUCAGAUGUUGACAUUGAGAGUGAGAGGUAUCGUGGCCUGGGCUCUGCUCGCUUCACCCUGGGCACACUUGUGCGUAUAGCUUCUCUUCGAUCCUACAAAGGCCGUCUAUCAUACCUGCCACCCUCUGUUAACCCUACAUCUCUGGAUGCCUCACCUCCCCCACCAAGGAGACCCCUGUCCCGUAGCAUCACAGAGGGCCUGGAGAGCUUUUGUAAAACACCCAUCCAUCGCACCUCCUCUGAUAUGGGCAUCAGUGAACAGAGGAGUCUGCGAAGGGGAGAGGGGGAGCGGGAAAAGGCAGAGAGGCAGAAAGAACGGGAGAGAAGAAGGCAGACAGCCAGAAGAGGAGGAACUGGGGUGGUGAGGGCAAGCAGCCUCGCAGAGGAUAGAGAGAAGGAAAUGGAGGGGGAGGCUGAGAUGGAGGCAGAAGCGUGUUCGGAGAGGUCUGGUACAAGUUCAGAAUCAAAUGAAAAGUUGUCUGGGAUCAAGGAUGAAAAAGAAGAUGGAGAGGAAGACUCCAGCGAGAUGGAGGAUGAUGAUGAUGGAGGGAGGGAUGGCGAAGACAUUGGUGGUUUUGUUGAGGAGGAUGGAGUAAUGCAUGCAAGAGAACUGGGAGAGAGCUAUGGGGUAGACAUCGGGCGGGAGGCAGAUGAAGAUCCAGACGCUUGUUUGACGUAUGAAGAAGACCUUCAGCAAGCCCGGCAGUCUCUACGAAAGAAUUCAGCCCCUUCAAGCGAGAUCAUCAACACCUUGUUCAAGCAGCCCUUCAGCCCAGAGGGGAGCUUGGAUUCUGGCACAGCAUACAGACUAGAUAACAUGGACCUCAACGGAACCUACAGCCACAAUGAGCCUUACCCCCUGGAUGUGGCUCGCGAACGUGCCCUCACUAUUUCUUCCCCAUUUCGCCACUCUCCCUUCUCUAAAAAGCCCAAAACUCCAGACCAGAACCAGUACACCACCAGGUCAAGGCCCCUCUCCCUCUUACAGCACUCCCACUCAAAUUCUCUGCCACCUAAACUCCCUUCCCUGUCUCUAUCUCUUUCUCCCACGCCGCCGUCAUCGCCAUCUUGUGCCUCUCCACACUCCUUGUCUUAUCUCGCCCCUCGUCCUAACACCCCAAAUUCAAGCUCCCCAUCACCUUCUUUACGAAUGCCAUCCUCAUCAUUCAAGUUUGACCUUGCUGAUCCAGCUGGGCCCUUUAAAAACUGUCCAUUUGUCUCACUGCCUUUAAAUCUCCCAAGGGAUGAUUUACUACCCUCCCUGGACCAGCCCCUUCCUACCAGAGACUGGGUCACUAUUGAAGGGGAUUUUGUCCUAGUCCUAGCCCUUUAUCAGUCCCACCUAGGGGCAGAUCUUCAUGCUGCACCCCAGGCCAGGUUUGAUGAUGGACUGAUCCACCUGACCUUUGUGCGAGCAGGGAUCUCCAGAGCCACCCUGCUUAGGCUCUUCUUUGCCAUGGAAAGAGGCACCCACCACUCCGUCAACUCACCAUAUGUGAGUCAUGUUAGCUGCAGGGCCUUCAGGCUGCAGCCUCUGUCUUCACGGGGAACACUCACUGUGGAUGGAGAACUAGUUCCCUAUGGACCGCUUCAAGCACAGGUCCAUCCAUCCAUGGCCCGUUUAAUCAUUGGUGACUCUGGAGUAAAGAUUACCAGAUUCUAAUCAAAGACAAGUUGGUUCGGUUGUCAGGCUCGGCACCCUACUGGACCAAGUGGAAUCUGUCUGAGGGAAGAUGCCCCAAGAAGAACCCCACCCCUCCCCAGGAAAGAGAAUCACAUACUAAGCCAUGCACCACUGGAGCAUGAAUACAGAGAAUUAUGGUGAAUUGGAAAAAUGCACCUCGUUGCACAGCUGAUGUAUUAAAGAUGUUUAGUGGAACCUGAGAAGCAUGAAAACUACAUUGCUUGGAAUUGAAAUGAGGGAAAAACAGUUGAAUGUUUAUGAAAUUAUUUUGUGCAGAUAGUGCAUGUAAUGGAUGUAUAUACAUUGUAGUAUGCAUGCAGAAAAUUACUACCUGAUUUUUGCCUUACAAUGAGAAGGAUAAAAAUCUGAAUAACUCAGAUAAUUUUGUUGUUCAAUAGAAAACAAUAUUAAAAGCAUUGAGGUGCACAGGGGCUAAACCCCUACCAUAGUUGCCAGCGCUAGAGUUUAACAAUGAAAAUGUUUGUCCCUGAUAACAAUGCCUUAUCUGACACUGGAUAGUACAGCUGCUGUGACUUUGUCCUGUUUUACUGAGCUAAGAAAUCAAAGUCUUGAUCUCUGUCCACCUGCCAGUGCCGUCCACAACAUAAAAUCAAAGUUUGUAUAUUUAGAAAUUUCCAUCUGCGCUUUUCUAUUUGCACACACUAUUCUCCACUGUUAAGCAUCAGUGGCCAAGAAUGUGGAUAUAAAGAACUUAGAUGAGCAA